AUGCGAGCCACAACGGUCCUUCAGAUUAUAGCAUUUUUGGCUGUUGGAGGUGCGGCCGCUCCCAUCGAAUUGGUUCCAACCCGGACAGUCGGCUCCCCGGCCGUCAACCCUAAUGAUCCCGCCAGCAACGUAGGCCUGAAGGCCGGCGAUAACAGUGCUGCCGGCGCUGGCGCAAAACUCGAGCGCAGGCGGUAUUAUUGCCCGAAUAUAUUAUGCGGCAAGGAAUUCAAAACUCAAGCUGCGCUUGAUCAUCAUGUAGCACACACGGUGCACCCCGCAAACGUGUAG